UGUCCUUCCUCAGCAGCCGGCGAGCCAGGGGCGGCAGCGCGCCCGUCGUGAGGCGUUGGCUCAGGGACCUGCCCUUUCCUCCCGGGCCAUGGAAAAAGAAAAACCGUUUAAACUGUUCGUGCCGCCGCGGCUGAGCGGCGGCCAGGUGUCCGCAGUCAAGCCCCAGGCGAGCACUCGGGCGACGGGGCUGUGUCAGGGUUUCAACAAAUGCCCAGAUGAUGAUUUUAAUUUGCCGUUUGUAAUGACGAGUACACCGAACCAUGGUGAAAUCACUGAUUCAGAUGCGAUUUCACAGCAAGUAAAACUUUGCUCUGAGGUAGAUGAAGAGAAUAUAGAAACAAUGAAUGAAUUGUAUUCAAAACUUUACAAAGAGGCUGAGAAGAUCAAGCAUUGGAAACUGACUGUAGAAUCAGAACUAACGCAUAAAGAAAGAAAACUGCAAGAAAACAGAAAGAUUAUUGAAGCACAGCGUAAAGCCAUUCAAGAAUUGCAGUUUGAAAAUGAAAAACUAAGUUUAAAACUGGAAGAUGAGAUAUGCGAAAAUAAAGAUCUCUUAAAAGAAAACAGCGCUUCAAGGCAUCUGUGUAAUCUGCUCAAGGAAACCUGUACUCACUUCACAGAGAAGUCCACCAAAUAUGAACGUGAAAGAGAAGAAACAAGACAACUAUACGUGGAACUUAAUAACAAUGUUGAAAGAAUGACAAUGGCAUUUGAAGAGCUUCGCGUGCAAGCAGAGAACACUAGACUGGAAAUGUGUUUCAAAUUAAAAGAAGAAGCAGAAAAAGUGGACAAGUUUGAAAAAGAAUGCAAGCUGGAAGUCAGUAUGAAGGAAGAGCAGAUUUCAGUUCUUACCAUACAGAGUGAUGAAAAAGAUGAUAUAAUAAGAGACAUCAAGACUCAGCUGCAGGAAUCCAAAAAUAAGAUUGCUGACUUAGUAGAAGCAAAAAGACAUGAAAGAGAAAUGCUAAAGGAAUCCAAGAUAAAUCAAGAAAACUUGAGGGCAGAACUGGAAGAGGCCAAAGUUUCAUUGCAAAAAACGGAGGUUACUCAAAAGAACUUAGAAAUUGAACUGCAGACUGCAGUGAAGGCAUUAAUUCAGGUCACUGGAGAAAAAGAAGCACAGGUGGAAGAAUGUAAAAAAACUAAAGCUUUGCAUGUGUCCCUGAGAGAGGAGUUUGAGGCUUCUAUUUCCAAUUUUAAAAGCUUGCUGCAAAAAGAGCAAAAUAGAUUGGAGAAAUCUGAAGAUGAGUUAAAGCUACUUACCUUGGAGCUCAGAAAUAAGUCUGCUGAGCUAGAAGAGAUGACUAAACUAAAAUGUGACAAAGAAAUGCAACUUGAAGAGCUGUCAGAAACACUGGGAAAAGUUGAAGGUCUUCUAGUGAAGAAGAAAGAUCUUGAGGCUACUGUAGAAAAUUUGCAGGAGAGAGAAAAAGAAACGAAAAAUGUUCUCCAAAUCAGAGAGAAAGAAAUCCAUGAUUUGAAAGCACAGCUGACUAGCACAGCUGAAAAGGAACAAAAUUAUUUAAAACAGCUUAUGACACUGAAUACAGAUCUUGAACGAGAAGCGUUAAAGAAUGAACAACUAACAGAGUAUAUUGACAAGCUUAUAUUAGAAAAAGAACAAAUAGCACAAGAGAAAAGUGGUAUGGCUACAGAACUCAAGAAACUGCAAGAAAGUCAUGAGGUUAGUAGAAAAAAAGAAGAAAAUACAAACCAGUUAAUUGAAAAGCUGGAAGAAGCAAAUGGCCAGCUAAGAAAUGAACUGGAGUCUUUGAAGGAGAAGAUGGCAAAGAAAGGUGAAGAGAUUAAAAGUAAACUGGAUGAAAGAGAAGAAAAUGCUAAGAGUAUUGAAAAUGAAAUUUCAAGAAAGGAAAAGCAGUUGAAGAUUCUAGACAAUAAGUUGAAUAAUUUAAAGAAACAGAUGGAAAAUAAAACGAAAUGCAUUGAAGAAUUACAACAGGAGAAUAAGGUGCUGAAAAAGAAAAUUAAUGCAGAAAGCAAGAAAGCAAGUAUUUAUGAAGGGAAGGUGAAUAAGUUACAGUUAGAGAUGGAAAAUAUAAACAAGCAACAUAAGGAAACAGUUGACAUCUAUCAAAAAGACAUCGAAACAAAAAAAGUAAAUGAAAAUAAACUUCUUGAAGAGCUAGGAAAGAUGAGGUUGCUUGCUGAUGAAGCAACAGUAACACAGAGAGAAACUGAUAUCCGAUGUCAACACAAGAUAACUGAAAUGGUGGCACUUAUGGAAAAACACAAGCAUGAAUAUGAUAAAAUGGUUGAAGAAAAAGAUACAGAGUUAAAACUUUAUAAAAUGAGAGAGCAAGAGCAGUUAUCAUCAAAAAGAUCAUUGGAAAGUGAGUUGUCAUGUUUGAAAAGCGAACUGUCAUCCCUUAAGGAACAACUUAAAGGAGAAAUUGAAGAGAAGGAGAGUCUUGCAAAAGAACCCUUCCAAAAUAUGGUUCCUGAAAAUGAAAAGAAGCACAAGAAAAUACAAAUUCAUUUUUCUGAGACUCCUAAAGCUCAUUUAGAUCUGGACUGUGCAUCUAUUAAUGUAAAAAAUAAAAAUUCUCCAAAUGAUAUUCCUAUAAAAGUCAACAUGGUGGAAGAGAAAAAAAAACCUCCUUCAGUAUCUGCGAAAAGUCCCUUGGGUAGUUCAUCAUUAAAGACAUAUAUUAUAAAGACUCCUCCAAUAAAUAAACUGCAAAGUGAAAGCAGAAAUCUGCAUUCAGAACAGUGCAUGAGGAAGAAGCAAAAAGUGCUUCUGCAGCUGGAUGUUCCAUCAGAUAGCUCUGAACACAGCGACCUCCUGAGCAUAGUCUCAGAGGAAGAAAUGUUUAAAAAAUUGUACGCGGAUUAUCCUCAGGCUUCACAAUUAUAUGCCGUGACACCAAAAAAGAAACCAACUACAUCAAACGUGAAAACUCCAGGGUCUGUACUGAAACUUACAACCAUGAGAAAAAUGCGAGAGGCUGGAUGGACUGCAGUUUCUAAAAUGGACAGGAAAAGAAAAAUAAAAGAAGCUGAAAAGCUCUUUACUUAAACUGAAGAAGUGACUAGUGCCCUAGCAUUAUUUGAUCAGUACAAGCACAGUAUUAUUGUUCUUUCAGAGUUAGUACAUUGUUGCAUUUUUCUGUCAUACUCAGUACGUUUAAUACUACAUUCAUUUCCUUUACACACAUAAACUUUAUUGAUACCUAACCACAUCAACAUGCAGAGCAUUUUCUACAUUUCAUUCCCUUUGCUAUAAAAAGUCGGGAGACAAAUUAGCCCAUCUUAACAUUUAGAAAUAAUUAUAACUACCUAGAAAGCUGUUUCAAAAAGAAUAAAAAAGUUUGGCAUUAGAAAUACUGGUUUUAAGGAAAUUCAGUUUUGUUCUUCUAAAUUUACUCUCUUUUUCUUAAUACAUAAUUCACAAAAGAGUACUAUUUGGUGAAAGAAAUACUGAAGCUGUUAAAAUGCAUGCACAUGAAGUUGUCUUUCUUUUUUGUUCUUUUUAAAUGUCAGAACUGUCUUUUUAGACUGUGUUGUUUUCAGUAGCUACUAUUUCAGUAUGUUAAAACAGUUUUGAAACUUUUAAAAUGGAAUUUUCAAUAGAAUGACUUCAGUUUAAAAAGAUUUCAGCUUUAUAAGGAAUAAAAUAUGCACAUGUGUUUUAAGAUUGUAAAAACAAUGUUAAGAUGUCAUUAAAACGUUUACCUGAAACAUAAAGCGUGGGACCAGAUGUUGUUGUGUUACGUAUUAGAAUACAGGUGUAAGUCACCAGGCAGCCUUCCUAAGGACUAACAGCCCCUGCCAUGUACAUGCAAGAAUAGUUUAGGAUAACAUAUAGUUCUGCGUUAAUCCUUGAUUAAUCUUGGUUUCACAACAACAACCAAAAUCUGCUCCAGAGCCUAGUGGUUACAAGAAAACUACAGGUACAUCUUAAAAUAUGAAAAAUCAAAAUCCUGGAUUCAUCUGAAGAGGGUAGCAAAACAUAUGUACUUCACCCUUUUUGUGUAGCAAUUUUAUGUAUAGGCUAGUAGUUUGGGUUCCUUAUGCCUUAUCUGUUGAGCAGUGAGAUUGAUAAUGACUUUUUAUUGCAUAUAACUGACAAAUAUUCUCCAAAGAUCUGAAAGAAUAUACUGGGUUUUUUCUCCAUAUUUGGAAAUUGAAUCUGUUAUGCAAGCAAAUUUUUUGAGAAGUCAGAAUGACUUUUCUUCCUGGGAAGAUAUUUCAUAUGUUUGCAGAAUAUUGAGUUUUUAUAAUAUAUCUGCUUAAAUAGCGUAAAUUAGACCAAACGAAGAACAGAGAAGCUGCUUAUAGCACACAAAUUCCAGAUGUCUUUACAAGACAGAUCAUUUUACUGUAAGUAGUGUAAAAUAAUGUAUUUAAGCCUCUCCCAGAUACAUUAAUUACUUUUUUUUUUUUGACUGGAUAGAGAGAAUGUCAUGCAAAGUCAGCUAUUCUUCAUCUUAGUUAGGGACAUUACUUACUAAUAGCUCUUCAGCUACUUUUCAGGAAAAAGAAAAUGCAGUCACCAGAAACGCAACGUAUAUGUGCAGUUUGUCAAUUAUUUUAAAAGGGGUGGUGUUUUAUACAAGGUCUAAAUACCUGGCAAGGUUUGAUACUUCAUUUCAAGAUGGCAUAUUUUUUAUUUUGGCUGUCACUGUUGUGGACAUCUUCAACAGAUAUGCAGACUCAACUCCUAAGCUAGUUACUGAGCAAUCAAAAUUCAAAAUUCUAGUUGUUCCUGAGUAUAAUGAGACUUGUACUGUCUAGUCUUCUCAGCUACGGCUCACCUAUAGAUCCAUUAACUAUAAUUCUGCAAUCUUGAAGUUAAGACUCAAAAUCGACAUCAAGCCUAGCCCACCCACAUUCAUCAGUUUGCUAAUCCAGAAUGUGAUAUUUGAAUGCCUUACUAUAAAACAAUAGGAUUUAAAUGAUCGUUCACUGACACUCUACAUAAAAAAUAAAUUAAUACCUACCAAACAUGAUUUCCAGUAUAGUGGUAUAUGUACAAUAUCUGACAUUGUAGGAGAAGAAAUUACAAGAACAUUAAGAAGUAAGAAUUAGAAAUGCUAGUUAAAUAUUGUAAGAGUUUCUGCAUUUCGCAGUGAGUCUUGUGGUAAUUAAAAUGUCUUUAAGGUGGAGAAAAGUCUACUUGAGCGAGUAAAAAAUUCAAGUCUGUACUGCCCACAUCUAGACUCAAAUGGUAAGUAAUCAGUUAAGACUUCAUUGUCGUGGCAGGGUUGUAAAUCUGGUGCAUCAUAUAAUCCUCCUGAUAUCGUGAGAGUGUCAUGUGGUGUAUUGUAUAAACCAUCUGCAAAAUGACAAAAAUACCGUUAGUACCACUAUAGGAAACUUACAGGAAAUGUAAUCAACUAGGAAGGAUGUAAAAUCAUAUUUGCCUCAUAUUAUGCCUGUUUCUGUGCAUGGAUUAUAUAUCGUAAAUAAAACUGAAAAUAUGAACAACUCUGUUAGGCAUUAAUCCAGUGUGCACAGGAAAAGCAAAUGAAAAUUAGUAAAUGCAUGUGCUUUUACGUGUGAAUCCUUCAGGUAGCAGACAGUUCAGAAAAGUAAAAAUUGAAAGCUGCCAGUUAGCAGCUAUUCAUAGCAGUGAAUAUUGAUGCUUUUAUCUGUGGAAUUUUAUUAAAGUUUUAAAGGCUGUAUUCAGGCAUCAGCCAUGAUAUUUAUUAUUGGCUAGUCCCAUUUACUACAAGUAAAGUUAUAUAUAUAUGAUGUCAUAUAUAUAUGUGCUUUAUUUAAAAGUAUUAGCAAGAUAAGCUUAUUUCUAAAUGCCAUUUUCACAAGGUUUUAAAACGUAUAUUAACCUGUGCCAAUAAAUGUAGUUAUCAAUUACGUUAUCAAAGAUACUACUUCCUUUUGUUCAAUGCUAUUUGCAGUGAAAUAUAUAUCCAUGAUAUAUUUGUCACAUUUCUUUUUACUCAGAUUCUUUACUAAUCAGUUUUAAGGAGGAUGUGGCCUUCAGCGUCUGAGGUAAAUAUGUCUUCCGAGCAAGAAUUUAAUUGAUAACAACUGCAGAUACCAAUUUAUUACACCUUUCAACAGAGCAGCUGAGGACCUGCAGCUUCCAACAGGAAGUUUGUUAGGAUCAGGUUACCUUAACUUAAAGCAAGUAUUUGGAAAUGUUGGUAUGUAUUAUUAUUUUCCUUCGUAAUAUUGCUAACACUGUUCUCCAGUUCCUUUUCUGUCUAAUAUUUCUUCAAGGAAGGUGAGCAGUGCACUGGCCUACCACAUCUGCUGUCUUUCUUCCUGUCAUCCUUGUUUACCAUGUAUGCAAUAUUAUUUUUCUCUAGUACUUUAACUAUUUUUCCUUUUUUUCUAAGGCAGAUGUUCUCACUUUCCUGCUCUCACCUCUUCAACCCCCCAGUUCACAGAAUGCUACAUCCUAGUCCUUCAAACUCCUACAUUGUCAUCAAGUUCUAGGUACAGCUCCUCGUCUGUACUGUGGCUUCAACUAAAAUAAACGGGUCUGGCCCCAGCAAUUCAAGGAAAUGCUGCUGUCAAAUGUAGUGACACCAGCCUGAAGCCUGGGCUGGAUGAUUUGGAGUUGGAGCCUCAACAAUGCUCACUGGUAUGGAUGUGAAAAGCUGAUUGCUUGGUUUCAGCAGUUCUGAUGGUGCUUAACUCACAGCUCAUGACAAAAACGUAGGUGGCUGAGUGACAACCAGCUUGAGCCUUGUGAUGCCUGAAGACUUCUCAGUGUGGUGAAUGGUGUUACACGCAACACGUGCCAGAUGUGAUGUGGCUAUUAAAGCAGAGGAGCUGCUGCUAUCCGUUCUGGUCCUUUUUGUAUUCCCACUGACAGCUGCAUUUGGGACCUUGGUUUGAUUGACUUUAGCUGGAAUACUGGGUGCUACAAAACUUGUUGCUGUUGUUUUUCCAGAUCUACUCUGUGUCUUUGUAUGGCCUCUUUUAUAAGAAAUAUAUAAUCUUUGGCCUGAACAAAGUACUUUGCCAUAAGGUAAUAAGAGAAAAGGGUUGGAAAAUGUAUAGGUUGAAUUCUAUUCAUAUAUUGUCCCACUUUUCUUGUUUAGCAGUGGGUUUUUGUCUUUGUGUAAUCUGCUCUUUCCUCUUUUUCCGAACUGCUUUGGGAACAAAUAAUAGUUUUCCUUGAAUUUACUUACUGGAUAACUGAGUAGCCCUGGCUCCAUAGAUUGUAAAAUGUAGGUAUUAGAAAAAGAGCUGAUUCAAUUUAAAUAGUUACCUUGGCCAUCUGUUUAAUGCCUGAUCUCAAAUUUCUGGUCUGGACUCUCGCUUUAAAUUGGGAAUUAUUUUUUCUGUAUGAUAGGUAAUAACUUUCUAGUACAUCUUUUUGUUACCACAGCCUAAAAGAAAAGCAGAAGAGGGGAAAACCUAAAAAGUUGAAUUGAAAAUUCAGUUCUAAAUCUGAAAAGGCAAAUAAUGAGCAUUUACCUAUUCUAAUGCUUAUCUUGGAUCUCUCAUUAAAUAUUCCAAUGUCCGGUCAGUA